AUGGAGGAGAUGGAACGUGUUGAUAUGGAAAAGUUCAAGGAGAAUGAGAAAAAGCUGGUCGUAAACAGUGACUACCCGGGGCUUCGAAAAAUCGAAGCCGUGUUGGAUCGUCUGGUAAAGGCCAGCGGCUUGGACGAUAUAGCAUGGGAGGUUCGUAUCCUCGAUGAACCGAACGCAGAGAUCUCUUGCGUCACCAGGUCCGGCCUCGUAUUGAUCUCCACCGGCUUCUUCUACCACGCCAUCAGCAACGAUGACGAAUUGGCUGCCAUCUUGGGCCACAAUAUCGCAUCUGUCCUGGCGCGUCAUGUCCUCGAAACCGAAUUCGUUAUACUGGCCAACAAGUACUUUACCAUAUCAUUCCUUCCGCUCGCUCUCUUGGCCUCCAUCUGCAUUGAAGGCAUAGUUUUCCUUGUUCCUUUUUCGGUAUCCUGGCUGGCAUCGCUCGCUUUGUCGAGAGUCCGGCAUCGAGAAGCGGACUAUAUUGGUCUUUUGUUGAUGACGGACGCUGGUUUCGACCCUUCGGGCGCUGUCAGCUUCUGGAAGAAGGUCAAUGAGUGGCAGGAGCAGCAGCGUCGUGCAACGAAAAGGAUCAGGCAAGAUCCGCAGUUCAGGUCCUCACAUCCUCACGUCUGCUUCAAGAAGCAAACAGACGGAGAAAUGGAUACCGGAGAUCCAUUACAUCUUGGAGGGCCCGCCGUCCGCUACGGACUCGGCAGUUAG